CCAAGUUAUGUUUGUGCAGUUGUAGUUUACAAGGGAACUGGCAAGCAACCUGUCCAACAAUUGUUCAGGCUAUUGAUUUUCUAAACCAAGAAAGCAGAGACUGCAAAAUUGAGGAAGAAGCAUUAUGAGUACUGCAGGCAAAGUCAUUAAAUGCAAAGCAGCCAUUGCUUGGGAGGUUAAGAAGCCCCUGAGCAUCGAACAAGUGGAAGUAGCCCCUCCAAAGGCCCAUGAAGUUCGUAUUAAGAUUUUGGCCACAGGGAUCUGUCGCUCAGAUGACCACGUGAUCAGUGGUGCCUUUACUAUGCCUUUUCCAAUCGUUCUGGGCCAUGAAGCAGCUGGUGUUGUGGAGAGUGUUGGAGAGGGAGUGACUUGUGUGAAACCAGGAGACAAAGUAAUCCCUCUCUUUGUUCCACAAUGUGGAAAAUGCAGUUCUUGCCGAAGUACCAGAGGCAACCUCUGUUCUGAAAAUGACCUUAGUGCAGGUUGUGGAUUAAUGCUUGAUGGCACCAGCAGGUUUACCUGCAAAGGAAAAAGCCUUCACCAUUUCAUUAGCACCAGCUCCUUCAUUGAAUACACUGUGGUGCAUGAGAAUGCAGUGGUCAAAAUUGAUGAUGCUGCCCCUUUGGAAAAAGUGUGUCUGAUUGGCUGUGGGUUUUCCACUGGUUAUGGAGCAGCUGUUCAAACAGCCAAGGUGGAGCCUGGUUCUACUUGUGCUGUUUUUGGUCUGGGAGGAGUCGGUCUCUCAGCGGUCAUGGGCUGUAAAGCAGCUGGAGCAUCUCGAAUCAUUGGGGUCGACAUCAACAAGGAUAAAUUUCCCAAAGCUAAAGAGAUGGGAGCUACUGAGUGUGUCAGCCCUCUGGAUUUCAAGAAGCCCAUCAAUGAAGUGCUGUUUGACAUGACUGAUGGUGAAGGUGUAGACUAUUCAUUUGAAGUUAUUGGGCGCACAGAGACCAUGACAUCUGCCCUGGCAUCCUGCCACAACAACUAUGGAACCAGUGUAGUGGUGGGUGUGCCUCCUUCAGCAUCUAAGAUUGCCUUCGACCCAAUGUUGCUUUUCACAGGCCGUACCUGGAAAGGAUCUGUUUUUGGAGGCUGGAAGAGCAAAGACUCUGUCCCAAAACUGGUUUGUGAUUUCCUGGGAAAGAAAUUCAUCCUGGAUCCAUUAAUAACCCAUAUGUUGCCUUUUGAUAAAAUCAAUGAAGGAUUUGAUCUGCUCCGGGCAGGAAAGAGCAUCCGCACUGUCUUGACAUUUUAAUAUCUUGGGAUGAGAAGAAUGACAGAAUGAUCAAUAGCUGAAGCUACUUCUCCCCAACUUCUAGAAACAAUAUGAAUGCUGGAUUUGUUUGUUUGGUUUCUCCUGUUCUGUCCUCAUGUUUGCUUAAUGGACCAAAUGGGUGCUGAAAACUGAAGAGAUUUGCUUUAAAAAGCUUGUCUGUGACUAAGGAGUUGAAAAUGCAUACAUAUAUGAAAGCUUAGUUGACCAGAUGAUGGCUAAAGGCCAUCUUCAGCUACAGAAAUACCUUCUUUUAGUAAGAUAUUUUCUGCACAAUGAUAUCUCUGUUGUUCCAAAUAAACAAAUGAAAGCUAUGGAAAAUACAGUUCUCAAAUGUUAAGGAGCAUGUUAUAUUGGACUGACUUAUAUUAAAAAAGACAUAGGAUAUAAGAUUACAUGCAGAGCUUGGAAAAGUUUCUUUUUUAAACUACAAUUCCCAUCAGCCCCAGCCAGCAUGGCCACUGGAUUGGGCUGAUGGGAGUUGUAGUUCAAAAUAGUAACUUUCCAAGCUCUGAUUACAUGUAAACUCUCUGAUCUAGAAAUUGCUUGUAGGUGAAGAUAUUGAAUGCAUGCUUAGAGUUCCUCCAUGUGCAAAAGCUUUCCUGGGAGUUUUAAUAGAUGAGCACAAUCUGUAUACACAAGUGAACAGAUGUGCAAAUUUGCUUCUCCAUUUAUAAUAUAUAUAUGUAUGAGGAUUUCAUCAGCCAUUCACGCUAGAGCUCUAUGUAUGUAUCUGAGUAUUCCAGGUGUGCUUUUGGAACAUACUAACCAUUGCAUUUAUUUUUCUUUAGCAACUUUAAUCAUUCAGGGCUGUAUACGAAGGCUGCAGUAAGAUCUAGUUAAGGUUUUUUUAAAUAUCCAGUAAAAAAAAGUUAGUAUAACCCACAUUACAAUGAUCAUACCUAUGAUAAAAAAUAGCUACAUCUCUGUUUCCAAAAUCAAAGCCAGCACUAGAUAAUCUUUUGAGAAGCUUAUAGCCAUGGAGAGAUGGAUGAGGUAUCAAAUUAAAUCAUAGAAUUCUUAGAUUCUUAUAGACAUUUUUUUUUAAUUCCCCUCCCAACUGUACAAAAUAAAAACUUGAAGUAAAAGCAGGGUGCCUUUUCUGAAGUCUGUGUUGCUAUUGGCUGUACACAGUCUGGCUUCAGCAUACUUAAAUGAGACCUCCUUAGGCAUUGACUUAUGGAAUGUUUGUGAAAACAUUAGAUGAAGGUCUAGCCACCAAUCUCCUGUUAUGUGUAGGUUGGCUCUACAUUUGCCAAGUGAUUAGGUAAAUUUGUAGUGCCAGCUUGUAUUACAAUCCAUGCAAACCUAUGUGUGGGAAGUUAACUUGAUUUUACUGUAUUUUCGUUUAUUUCCUAUCAUUGCUUCCGUUACGUGUUUUUGUCCACAUGUGUGUAUGUAAAUAAAGCAACUUUCUUGUAUUUAA